AUGUCUCUUUCAAAUGAACAAAUUACACGUCUACAAGAUUGUAGAGAUAGAUCAAAAAAAGUUUAUGAAAACUAUGGUGAAAAACUUAAAGUUUAUUUAGAUGAACAAUUACAAGAGUUAAAAAAAAUUGACAGUUCCGUUACUACACUUGAUGCUGAACAAAUGAACAAUCUUAAAUUAGCUUUUCAAGAGAUUCAAGCUGAAAAGAUUGCCAAAGAACUUUACGGUGGAUUCCCUUUUGAAGAUUUAUGGACAAUUCUAGGGUUCUCAUUAUCAGCCGACCCAACUGGUAUUUCAGGGGUCAUCUUUGGUGCAUUUAACUUUCUUUUUGGAAAACUUGGUUUAUUCAACAGUCAAGAGAGAUUUUUCAAACAAAUCAUGGAAGCAGUUGAACAGCUUAUUGAUAAAAAAAUAAGUGAGGAAAAAAGAAGACAAUGCAUUAUUAAAUUCCAACAACUUCAAAAAACUGGUGAUGAUUAUUUUGAAUUGGCUGAAGAGUAUUUCAAAAGAAAAGGUAAUAAAAAUGCCCAAGAUUCUUUAAUAUCAAAUGAAAUCAAGUCAAUGCCAAAUGAAACCCUUUCAUCAUCUCUCCAAGUACAACUAAUUUUAUAUCGUGAUAAAAUUACUGAUGGUUUGAUUUAUUUUGGAGAAGAAAGUGAAUUGAUUAACACCAUUGGUUUAUAUAUUUUAACUGCUUCUCAAUAUCUAUGUGUUCAAAGAGAUUGUGCACUUUAUGGUAAAGAAUGGGGUUUCAGUGAUUUUGAUGUAAAUGAUGCCAAAUCCAAAAUACAUUCUAAAUCAAUUGAGUUUUACCAAAUGGUAAUUAAAGCUGGAUGGGAACUUUCACGUCAUGUCCAUGGUGAAACAGUUUCACCAAUAGUUGGAUACUAUCUUCCUCCCUAUUUUGAUGCAGUUAAAGUAUUCAGAAAUACUGACUUCACUUAUUAUCCAGUCAGAGCAACAGAAUACAGAAGAGAACCUCCAAAUAUUAUUUAUGAAGUUGAUGAUACCAAAGGAUCACAUUUAAUUGGGCCAAACAUUUUAUCUGGUUGGGGACUGUUGACCAAUAGUUUAACAAGUGGUUUCAAGGGUGUUUCAGCAACAAACAUCAAUUUACCAGCAACGUUGAUAAUAAAAUUCCCAAGUGCCAAAUCAAGAACAUUCAAAGUCAAAUUUCAUCAUAGAAUUGUUUAUGAAGCUGAUUGGACUAUAAAAGCAGGAGAAGUAAUUGAAAACUUUGUUUUUAAAGAAGGUACUGAAACUGAAAAAAGAAAUUCAUACUUUGUUUAUAAUGAAAAUACCAAUAAUAAUCCACCCUAUGGUGUAAAUAUAACAAAAGCAAUAACAGUUACCACUGAACAAGUUACAUUUACUUCAAAUAGAUCAUUUGGUAAUGGUGGUAAAAUUGGAUAUGCUGGUGGAUCAAUUCUCUAUUUAAUCGAAAUUAUUUUUGAUUAAAUAUGCAUUAUUUUAUGCACAAUACAAUACAUUUUCUUUUUAUUUUCUAAAUAAAAGUUAAAUCAAAUUUACAUAUUUUAAAUAUUUAUAUUAUUAAACC